UCCGCGUUCACCGAGCAGUCGUCGUGAGUCGUGAGGAGAGCUGCUCCGCUAUCCGGCUACCCGGACCUGCUCUCUUUUGCCGCUUUUGCGUGUGCCCUGCGCAUUUUCAUUGCCCCCCCAAAGUAUCGGCCCGAAUAAACGCGCAUAUCCCCGCGUCCUCCCUCUCUUGCCUCUGCGCCUUUGCUCUUUGCCUCUAUACCUCGCCCUCGCCGUGCUUAUUGCUUUGCCGUCGUGCUAGCUGUGUCCGUUCUCUUCCCUUCUCCCCGUCCCCGUCCGUCUCUCUUUACGACGCUUUCGCGCGCGUUCUCUUGUUGUCGCCUGGAACGUUUGUCAACUUUGCGGUCGCGACCAUGCCACGAGGUGGACGAGAGACGCCGCGGCCGCGGCCGCAUCCACCAUCGUCAUCAUCAUCACCGUCGCCUCCGCUGCCUCCGUUGCCGUGAAUCGGAGUUAUGUUCGUCGUGAUAUGCCGCCCCGGCGACGGGCUCCUUCCCGUCCGCGUGGCUGUACGCGCGCUACCCCGGCCUGCCCGGCCACCAGGAGAAUCGUGCGUGCGAGCUGCGGAAGGCGGCCCGUCGUCCGUAGCUCGUCAAUUGUGCGAAAUGCUAAGGUGAUGUAGAAGAAAUUGAAACUGCCACUGAAAUCGACGGCAUCACGACUUUCUGCAGUGUGAUUGCAAUAUACGAGAUACCAAGCUGGACGAGCAAGAGAUAAAGAUGGUUUCUGUACAAGACGCGGAGACCAGCACGUUGCGCCGGCUUUCGGACGACGACGAUGACGAGCCUAGCAGCGAGUCCGAAGCCUACGAGGAAGGAGAUCUCCUUUCGGCUGCGAUGGAUGACGAUGUGACAGCGCAACUCGCCGCAGCAGGACCUGUAGGCGUUGCUGCGGCUGCUGCCAUCGUAUCAGCCAAGAAACGAAAACGACCUCACAGUUUCGAAACCAAUCCCAGUAUCAGAAAGAGACAGCAAAACAGACUUUUAAGAAAGCUUAGACAAACUAUUGACGAAUUUGCUACGCGAGUGGGACAACAGGCGGUAGUAUUAGUGGCUACGCCAGGCAAACCAAAUAGUAGUUACAAAGUCUUUGGAGCAAAACCAUUAGAAGACGUAGUUAAAAAUCUAAGAAACGUUAUUAUGGAAGAGCUGGAGAACGCACUUGCACAACAAGCGCCUCCGCCCGUGCAGGAUGAUCCGUCAUUAUUCGAAUUACCACCGCUUAUAAUCGACGGUAUACCGACCCCGGUGGAGAAGAUGACACAGGCGCAACUCAGGGCGUUCAUCCCGUUGAUGUUAAAGUAUUCCACAGGCAGAGGCAAGCCUGGUUGGGGAAGAGAUAGUACGCGACCUCCUUGGUGGCCCAAAGAAUUGCCUUGGGCUAACGUCCGGAUGGAUGCGCGAUCGGAGGACGAAAAACAAAAAUGCAAUUCAUUGCAGAUCUCCUGGACUCACGCGUUACGGCAAAUUGUAAUAAAUUGUUAUAAAUACCACGGAAGAGAAGAUCUUCUACCAGCGUUUAGCGAAGACGACGAUAAGUCUAAUGUUCUAAUACAACAAGCGACGCCUCAUUCCUCGUCGCAUCCAUCAUCGAGUCAAGGGCAAAAUGGAGGACAGUCGCAACAGCAGCAGACGGUGGGAGUCGUUCGCCUCAACAGCACGGAUUCAUCUAAGGGAAACUCUUCGCCAGCACAAAUCAUUGCCGCGUCUCCCACAGCUCUUGCCACUGCCACUCAGAUGACCCAGUAUCCGACAACUGUAUUGCAGACAAUAACCAAUCCAGAUGGAACAGUUUCUAUUAUACAGGUGGAUCCUAAUACACCGAUUAUUACAUUACCAGAUGGUACAACAGCCCAAGUUCAAGGAGUCGCUACUAUCCACACGAGUCAAGGAGAUGUGCAAGCAUUAGCAGAAGUAGCUGGUAGCACAGAAGGUGCUAGCGUGGCCGUCGAUUUGAACACUGUCACAGAAGCGACGUUAGGUCAAGACGGCCAGAUCAUUCUUACCGGAGAAGACGGACACGGAUAUCCUGUCUCAGUCUCAGGAGUGAUCACAGUGCCAGUGUCUGCCAGUAUGUAUCAAACUAUGGUGGCCAAUAUACAGAGCGACGGUACGAUGCAAGUGGUGACACCGAUGGUUCAGGUACCCAAGGUCGAAUCAGGAAACGGGGACACCACCAUCGAGGCCGUCGCUAUACAAGGCCACCCUAUGACUAUGAUAAAUGCCGCUGGGGAACAUCAGGUACUUCAAGUAAUAUCAUUAAAGGACGCCAACGUUCUAACGAAGGCCAUGCAGGCCGAUGUUGUUAAGGACGAGGACAGUCAACAACAACAAACUGUAUCUAGCCCAGAAUAAACACGUCGAGUGUAAUCUAGUUAAUCCAAAAAAAAAAAAAAAUAAUCGAUCCGUACCACCUAUACAUGCUGUCAGUGCAUCGCGGUGAUACACGGAAGGGAUAAACGUGUGCAAGAAUUAGUAACGAUUGGUGUUGUGUUUUCUUUUUCUCUUUGAGUCACUGUACUGUGUAGCAUGUCUUGCUGAAUAUGUCGUUGUCAAACGGCGGUUAUAUCUGAACAUGAGAAUGGAAUGAAUUAGGAUUAGUCGUAUUUGUACUCAAGAUUCAUCAUAGACGCUUGAGGGUAUUCACUUGCAAUCCAAUUCCUCGGAUGUAGUAUUAAUUUUCAAAGAGGUCUAUUGUCAUGUCAGGCGUGUCUGUUUUCGAUGAUAAUUAUCUAUCGCGCAUUGUUUACUGGAAAAUCGAAAAGCAUUAAUACUUGUAUUUUCCGGUACUGCGAGGUAAGCACAUAUUUUCUAGUCGUAGAGCCAGGUUGAUGCAUGGGAAUACACACCAAAGACUAUUUAUCUUUUAUUAAUAUUUUCUAUGGAAAGAAUUUAUACGAAAAUAUUUAUACCUGAUUUCAUUAAUUACUCAAAAUAAUCUAUCACGAAGCUCGAUUAUUUCCGCAAUUGCAGCAAAAAUAACUCAUUCAGUUUUGUUAAUGGCACAAGAUAAUUUUCAAAAAUUUAAAGGCACAAGGCUUUCCCGCGGGUGUCUAAAAGUAAACGAGAGAAACAAUUUUUUAAUAAUGAUAUUAUAUAAUAUAAUAUUUAUUACCCAGACAACCCGUAUAUUCCUAAUCGGGACAUAUGAUGUCUUAAAGACAUCCUAUGAUAUGAUCUUGUCAUAUGUCCCGAUUUGGGACAUUUUUACUCGUUGGGUAAUAUAUAAUAUUAUAUAAUAUAGUAAUAAUAUUACCAAAAAGAAAUUGGUCGUAGAGAAGGAAUUUAUUUUUGUGGGUAAAAAAACAGGGCUCAGACAUCGAGUCGAAUGAAUCGUAUCAAUCUGUUCGAAGUGUACGAGUGAAAAAAUUAUCAAGAUAACUUUCUUAUCACAGAGUUAUGUAACUAUAUAACAAUACAGACAAUGGGCGUUUCUCAUUUAUCUUGACUAUUUGGAAUUUCCUUUAAAUUUAAAUAGUCAAGAUAUGCAAAACAGGCUAGUACAUAUAAUAUAUAAAGUAUCGCGAUAGUAGAAAUAAUGACAAAAAAAAAGAGUUAAGCAUUUCUGACGGGUACAAAUAGGAUAUAAGAUGUAUGUUUUUUCAACAAUACAGAAUAUAUGAAUUUGCAAUUUCAAUACGCACCAACGAGAGGCGUGUGUCUAUAGUCUUAUUUUACCAGAAAUUAUAUUGCACCACUUGUGUAUUUGCUUCGAUUAGCGUAAUCAAUAACGAGCCGUCAUUUGAUUUUCACCAACGAGGUAAAAGAGAAAAACACCUAGUAUAUUAUAUUUGUAUGAAAGAUUAUUUUUAACGUUCUUGACCUCGAGAAUUAUGGAAUCACGAUGUAUGUACUAAUUUUCUAAAGAGGAGGGUAUGCGAUUGUAAAAACCAGGACUCAUAUAUAUUAUCCUUCAUUCCACUUGAAGGUAAUCAAAAGUAAUCAAUUCUAUUUUACAUUAAAUAGUCGAACUGUGUCAUGGUAUUUAAAAUUAUCACUCCAAUUUUUAUAUAAUGUAUCUAAGGCGACAAAAAGUGUAUUUUUUGCGUGCAAUCUUGUUUCAAUGUUACGGUAGCAAAAAGUAGAAUUUUUUCUUAUCUAAAGUAAUUUUUCGACUUUGCACUUCUAUCCUCGGCUUUUCUUUGUGUAUAAUUCUAUAUUACAUAUCUGCGUUAAACGUAGAGCGAUUUAAACGAUAUUUUAUAAUUUUAGUUGUUCAGUAUUAUCUAAUUGUAAAUUGGAUAAUGCAGAGCAAAGCGGUAUUUCCGAAGAUCGUAACAUUGAAACAACAAACUGCCCUCGAGACCGUGUGUAAUAAUACCAAAGAGAUUUUUAUAACAUUAUAGGGGAAAGUAGUUGCAGUUAGUGAUAAAUAUAUUAUUAAAAACUUAUCAUAAUGAUUAGAUACUAAUUGUUGCGGUUUUUUUUUUAUAUCAGGGCCACUACUUUAAUGAUGUAAUAUAUCGGUACUCACGUGUAAGAUAAGUAUGUUAUAUUUUCCCUCUGUUGUUUGUAACAAAGCACAUACCGAGCAUAAAUUAAGUUGGAUGUCAUUUGAAAAGCAAGAAAAAAAAUGUGUAUUACGACUUUAGAUAAUUAUAGACAUAUGUGUAUAUGACUUUGCUGAUGUAUAUCCCAAUCUCCAUGUCAUAUAGUCUGUAAAUAUGUCAUCGUAGUCUUCAAUUUUACCUCUACAUAUUCUAUUCCAAUUAUACGAAAUUAAAAGUGA